AUGUUGUUUUUCUUAUUGCUCAGUUUUGCAUUUUCACAACAAUUUCUAUGUGACUCAUCAGAGGGAAUUGACAUUGAUGUCAUUGAUUCAGUUAGAACUAUAACGCUAGAUGUAUUAAACAAUAAAAAUCAACCAAUGUCAUUCCCAGGAUGUGGUGAUUCAAUGACUGAUCAUGCUGUUUGGUAUAGAAUUACUAAUAAAGUCACACAACCAAUCCAAGUUACAUUGAGAACACUUCAAACAAUUCCUCCAACAACUAUUUUUCUAAGAAUUUCAUCAAGUUGUCCAAGUGGUCCAUCAGUUAAUUCUUGUUUACAUAAAACAAUGUUAACACAAACAAAAGACACAUUUUCAUUUAUACUUCAACCACAAAAAACCAAUUAUAUUGCACUUGUAGUAAAUGGACUUUCUAAAUAUUCAACUCAAAUACAAAUUACAACAAAUACAGUUAAUAGAAAUUCAAAAACAAUUCAAACCACUUUACAUCCUGGUUCUUCAUGUCCUAAUGCUCGUUCUAUUCCUAUGCCUUUUUCAGGUACUAUUGAACCACAAACAUUAUUUCAUUCAGGAAAUGGAUUUGAAUAUUGGAUACGAUUCAUUACAUCACAUCCAGGAGAAUAUGUUAUAAACACUUGUUCAUCACAUCAACACAAUAUUGAACUUCAAUUCUUUAGUACUUGUGGUAAAUUAAUAAGUUCUAUUGUUAAAUCUAAAUGUAUUACUGGAUUUGGUUUUGUUUAUACAUUCCAAUUACCUAUUGGACAAACUAUGGUUCAAAUACUUUCUCAUCAACGAACACAAAUUCCAUUCUCAUUAAAAAUGAAAUCAAAUGAUAAAUUACUUCAUAGUGAUAUAAGAAAUGCAAAAAGUAUUACUAUUCCAUUCAAAGAAAAUAUAGAAUUUGAACAAUGUCAUCAUUCUUCUGAUCAUUGUAAUAUAAAUGCAAUUCAAACAUCUGCUAUUUAUUAUAAUGUUAUUGUUCCUAUUGGAGAUAAAGUUGUUGUUAAAACAUGUAAUCCUAAAACAACAGUUAAUACAAAAAUUAGUAUUUUUGAGAAUUUGUAUUAUAAUAGUAAAUGUCUUGUUCAACAAACUAUUCAUCAACCUUGUAACUUUAAUUCUAUUGUUGAAUGGAAAAAUAUUGAACAAGAACAAAAAAAGAUUGUUAUAAGAGUUGGAGAAGAGUUUAGAGAUUCUAAGGGUGAAGCUGAAAUUUAUAUUGACGUUGUACCAGCUGGAAUUACAGCAAUAGAAAGUAAAAUGAUUGAAGAUAGAACAGUCCCUCAUUGGGCUCCAGAUUCAGUAUCAACAAAACAAGAAUGGAUUAAUAGACUUAAAAAUAAAAAGAAAGUCAUACAAAAGAAAACACAUAAACAAUUCAUUCAUCAACUUAAAAAUAAAACACCUCAUCCUUCUUCUGUAACUCCUCCAUCUUUAUCUCAUUCUAUUAAUCAAACACAACAUUUACAACAACCACAACAAUCAAAUAUUCAUCCUAUUGAAACAAAUAAAAAUACUAAUAAUUAUAGUAAUUCUAAAAGAGCUCUUAUUGUUAUCUUUGUUGUUUUAGUAUUAUUGGCAUGUGUUGUUGUAGGAUUUGUGUAUUUCAGAAGAAACAAACAAGAGAGUCAAUAUAUUGAUUUAAUGUCUUAA